CUCCUAAACAGAAACUAAAAGUCUGUCAGAGUAAGAAGAGACACAUCUUGUUAGUUCUUGGUAAACAGCAAAACUUCCAGUUCACCGGGUCUUUCUUAACUACAAAACAGAGCCCCUGCCGAACGCAGUCGGAAGUGCACCCGGUGUUUUGUAACUACACAGCCGAGCCAAACACUGACAUGGCUGCUGCCAGCAGUUUGCUAUCUGAAGAUCAGUUUUUGUGUUCCAUCUGUCUGGAUGUGUUCACUGAUCCAGUCAGCACACCAUGUGGACACAACUUCUGCAAAAAUUGCAUCACUAAACACUGGAACAUUAAUGCUCCUGAGUGUCCCAUUUGUAAAAAGGUUUUCAACAAAAGACCUGAGCUGCUGGUCAAUACCUUUGUCUCUGAGAUGGUUGUUCACUUUAGACAGUCAGCUCAACAGAGAGCCAGCAGCAGCUCAGAGCAACAAGCUGCCAAACCAGGAGAAAUUCCCUGUGACGUCUGCACUGGAACUAAACUGAAGGCCCUGAAGUCCUGCCUUGUGUGUCUGGUUUCCUACUGUGAGACUCACCUGGAGCCUCAUCUGACAGCGACAGGUCUGAAAAGACAUCAGCUGAUUGACCCUGUGAGGCACCUGGAAGGCAGGUUGUGUACAAAGCACGAUAAACAGCUGGAGCUGUUCUGCAAGGAUGACCAGACAUGUGUCUGCAUGCUCUGCACAAUUUCAGACCACAAGGCACAUGAUAUUGUUCCUCUUAAAGAAGAAUAUGAAGGAAAAAAGGUAGAGCUUGGGAAGACAGAGGUUGAACUUCAGCAGAUGAUCCAGGAGAGACAACUGAAGAUUCAAGAGAUCCAACAUUCAGUCGAGGUCAGCAGGGAAAGUGCAGACAGAGAGAAAGCAGUUAGUGUUCAUGUCUUCACCAAGCUGAAGGAGGCUAUUGAGAGAAACCAGGUCAAAGUCUCUGAGAUGAUUGAAGAGAAGCACAAAACAACAAAGAAACAGGCUGAUGGCCUCAUCAAGGAGCUGGAACAGGAAAUCUCUGCUCUGAAGAAGAGAAGUGCUGAGCUGAAGCAGCGCUUACACUCUGAAGACCACCUUAACCUCCUCCAAAACUUCCCCUCCCUGAAUGCUGCUCCACAAACCAAAGACUGGAAAGAGAGCAGAAUCUGUCUACCUUCAUAUGAGGGGAAUGUGAGAACAGCUGUUGUUAAGAUGUUGGAGAUACUUAAACAUGAGAUGGAGAAGCUAUUCCCAAAGGCUGAGCUCAAGACGGUCCAGCAGUCUGCAGUGGAUGUAACACUUGAUCCUGAUACAGCAAAUCCCAAACUCAUCCUGUCUGAAGAUGGUAAACAAGUCCAUCACAGUGCUGUAAAGAAGGAUCUCCCAGAUAACCCAGAGAGAUUUUCUCAUUGUACCUGUGUCUUAGGAAAGCAGAUUGAUUCUUCAGGAAGAUUUUACUUUGAGGUUCAGGUUAAAGGGAAGACUGAUUGGGUUGUAGGAGUUGCCAGAGAGUCAAUCAACAGAAAGGGGUUUAUCACUAUUAACUCUAAGAACAGUUGCUGGACUGUAUGUUUGAGGAAUGAUAAUGUGUACUGUGCUCUCGCUGACCCUCCAGUCUGUCUCUUUUUGAAGUCGAAGCCUGAGAAGGUGGGGGUGUUUGUGGAUUAUGAGGAGGGUCUGGUCUCCUUCUAUGAUGUGGAUGCUGCAAAUUUCAUCCAUGCCUUUACCGGCUGCUCCUUCACCGAAAAAGUCCUCCCGUUCUUCAACCCCUGUUUUAAUCAGGGUGGUAAGAACUCCGCCCCUCUGAUCAUCUGUCCCGUCAACCCUACUUAGUAGAAUAACUGUUUGCUUUUCUGGAAAAGACAGAGUUCUUGUAAGUGUAGCAAAUAUCCAUAUAGUGGUACAGAGUUUUUCAUUCAUUCAUUCAUUCAUUAUAAUUAAUGUGGAUUUUACCAUCUUUAUGAUACAUUACAUUGCUACUGACUACUGCAAUACAAUGAUUUGAUAACAAAUAAUGGAAUUGAUAAUGUAGUUUAAUCUAUAGCUGUCUUUAAAUGUCAAAACACUAGAUUCCAGUAUAAGCUUUGAUGUUUUUCUUAUGUAUAUAUUGCAGAAUUAACUUAUGUUGUUUGGCAUACUUUUUGACCUCUGUUUUUACCUACUUGUCCAAGCAUCAUCUUUGUGAUUUUAUGAAAAUUAUUCAAAUUAAGAUUUAACAGCAGGUGAACGGUUAUGUCUUUGGGUUUGUGCUUGUGUCAAGUUUAACAUCGGUUUUCAUUGAAAAAGAACACCAAUGUAGAUAAUAAUAUGAUGAAGUUUUUUCAAAUGUUUUGGGACAUUUAUUAAAUUGCUGAUGUUUAACUUCUCAUUUGAACAUUUUAAGGAGUUUGUAAAAUUUCAAACAUUAAAACUGCAUGCCUCAAAAGGA